GUUGAUCAAAGGAAAACAGUUUAUCUUUGCGUAUUGUUAUUAAUUUAGUAGUUCAUAGAUAGGAGUAGUGGUAACGUAAUUUGGGGUUGUUCUCGCCAUUAAGGAGAGCCUCUACUCAAGAGCGUCGAGAAACGUAUCCAAAUUUCGCGUGCAAUGGUUUCAAAUGGGAAAUUUACGUAACAAUUGGCAUCAGAGUCUGGUUGCUCUAUGACUAACGUGAUCCGGGAAGAUGGCGCCAAAGAAGGCUACGCAAGCAACGUCGACCUCUAACCAGCCGGCUAUCGUCAAUGAGCUUCUCCAGGCUCUCCUCCACGCGCAGCAAGAUGCCACCGGGCGGAUUGACAAAUCGGCCAACGUCAGCAGGGAGUCUAGGAGGGUGUCCUAAAAAUUGGGACCAGUGUGGCGCAACUUCAGGCAUCCAUCGCGUAGAGUCAAGCAUCCAUGGCACAUCAACUCCAGGACGCAGUGGCACAACAACAUGAAGCUUUGUUGGAGAUGAUGAGGCAACUCAUCACGAGCUCUGGUGAGGAGAAGAUGACAACAAGUCCUUCGCCCAAACAACGCUCGACCGCAGACGUCUCUGCCGGUGAGGAGCUAACCGUAGUUACUUCAUCAUCACCCGGUUCCACUGAUGAGCUAAAUGUAGCACCAUCAUCAUCACCAGCUGCCAACGAUGAGCUAACCGUAGCUUCAUUGCCACACGUUGCUCCACAACCAAUUGUCGUUGUGCCCUCGACUAUCGUAGUGGAGGAAACCGUCACCACUGCCGCACGCUUGACAUCACGUGUGACUUCACCAGCAACUGUCACCCUCAAGGACAAGGAGGUAGCCGUAGCUUGUGAGGCACCUUUCGCAACAACGAACAAAAAUUCCUUGGGCCAGUCAAUGAAGCUUCCACUACAUCAUCCAUAGACGACAACCCAUCAUCACUAUCAACCGCUGACUUGCCAUUAACGUGCGGCCCAUCCAUGAUGAAUGUGGAAGAAGCUAGGUGUGAAAAAGAGCCCCGACUUGACUACGACCAAGGGUUCAACUCGGCUGUGUGUCGGGGUGGAGACUGAAGUUGUUGGCACUGUCCCCCCACCGCCAUCUCGUUACUCUCGGGGUCGACGAGGGAUGUCUAGCUCCGUGCAUUGCGCCCAACUGCCCAAGGGUGCCACUCUCGAAGGAUUGGUAAAGGUAAAUCGAUGAAUCGAACUUGCAAGUAUCGUCAGAAGGGACCCUCACUCAGAUAAGUACAUGCUCAGCUGAGCUUGCAAGUCUUGGCAGUCAAGAGCAACGACGCUGCGACAUUGGUUGGCAAAACUCUUACGUGGGCACCACAAUGAGCUCGAUCUAGUGUGUUCAGUGCAUGAAUUGAUGAAGGAGAUGGUCGUAAGUCGCGUCAAGGUGGAAGGAAGCCGUGAAAUUAAUAUCUCUCAAGCGGGACCAGGGAAAAGAUGAAAAAUGUUGUGGGAGAAUAAUCUCUGACGAUGGAAAGCACGGUUGAACAAGAUGAAACCGCGGGCGGCGAGCAGGAGCGUGAAGAUGUCGGGAUGACCGUAAUACUUGGAAUUCCGUCGUUGGUCGCCAAAGGACAAGAAUGCGAAAGCAUGGCAGUUUGAGAGGGAAUCAAGCGAGAACGCAUGUGGAAGGGUUAAUUUGGCAGGUCCUAAAUUAUGAAUACCUUACGGUGUGGGGAUCGUGGAGAAGCGUCGCGUGCGAAGUUGACGUGGGAAAGCGGCAGCGGCCAAGGUGGACGUGAUCAAUGUAGUUAAAAUUGCAAUUUUACGUAAAAUAAAAAAAUGAGACAAAAUCGAAAUCACAGAUUAAAAUCGUAAGAUUUAGAACACCAGAUAGUAAUAAAAAUGCAUAUUCUGA